AUGUGGCUGUUUUGGGGAGUGGCCUGCUUUGUCCAGCAGGCUCUGAAAUCUGAAGAAUUCAUAAGCGGAAGACAUUUGAAUCCUCAAGAAUUCAUGACUAUUCCCGAAAUCAUCCAGUAUUGGGAAUACCCCAGUGAAGAGUAUGCAAUAUUGACAGAGGAUGGCUAUUACCUGCAGGCAAACAGAAUUCCACAUGGAAUAAACUGUUCUGAGAAGACAGGGCACAGAUCAGUUGUGUUAUUGGUAGCUGAUUUGUUUUUGGAAGGCAGGAGCUGGAUUGCAAAUCUACCCUGCAAUAGUCUGGGAUUUAUUCUAGCAGAUGCUGGUUAUGAUGUCUGGAUACUAAACAACAGGGGGACCACCUGGUCUAGAAGACACAAGCGCUUCUCUAUAUUUCAAAAAGAAUUUUGGAAUUUCAGUUUUCAUGAAAUGGCAAUCUAUGAUAUUCCAGCAGCCAUAAACUUUAUUCUGCAGAAGACUAAGCAAAAAAGCUUGUAUUAUAUUGGUCAUUCCCAGGGAGGUGCAUUGGGUUUAAUUGCCUUUUCCACCAUGCCUCAGCUUGCUAAAAAGGUUAAACUCUUCAUGGCCUUUGCUCCUGCCUACACAUUGGUAGGCUUCAGUGGAUUCUUUUCAUUCCUUCUACACCUUCCUGAAGCAUUGAUAAGACUUAUAUGGGGCGAUAAAGAAUACUGUGUUCUCAGUAAUGAAAUAAAAGCUAUCAAUGCGAAGAUAUGCAGCCAUCCAGUAAUUGACAAAAUUUGUCUACAACUCCUUUCCUUUCUUCAAGGAAGCAAUGAAAAAAACCUAAAUGUGAGUCGGGUAGAUGUGUAUGUUGGAAUUUUGCCUGAUUUUUCUUCUGUAAAAACUAUCAUACAUUGGAGUCAGGUUGCUAAAUCAAACCAAUUUAAAUAUUUUGAUUAUGGAUCAAAUAACAAAGCUGUCUACAACAUGAUCACCAUCAUAAGACUGCUGCACCUCUGCUACAAAUACUUUGGUUGA